AUGCUUCCAUCACAGUUAAAUGGCUCCCCUAAGCGGGCCAACCCUUUCAGCCGCGCAUCGCCGUCACCGACUCCCUCCCCAACUCAGCAGACAAGAGGUAUUCGCCCCAAGUCGGCCGUUGUUACAUCCCCCAGUAAAUUCGAAGAGGCCCGGGGCCAUUUUCGAAACUCUGCUUCCAUCUCACAGUCACCAUCACCGUUGGUGGCACGGACAACGCAUCGGCCGAGGUCGAGCUCAAUAAGGAAUGAUGUUUCAUCAGGAACCUUUGCGCCCGAAUUCAUCAAGUCGGAGGAGCUACGCAGGGGUGCGGAUCAGAUCCGGGGACAAGAGGGCGACAAUGACUUCUCCGGCAACAAGUAUGUCUGGCUCCGCGAUACCGAAAAGGCAUUCGUGCGUGGGCUUGUUCUCGAAGAGCAAGAAGGUGGCCGGAUGUUAGUCCAGACCGACAAUGGAGAGCAAAGGGAGGUCGACGCUGACCAAGUCGACAAAGUGAACCCGGCGAAGUUUGAUAAGGCAGAUGAUAUGGCUGAACUCACACAUCUAAAUGAAGCCUCAGUGGUUCACAAUCUGCACACCCGAUAUCAAGCCGAUCUCAUCUAUACGUACUCCGGACUUUUCCUCGUUACUGUGAACCCAUACUGCCCAUUGCCAAUCUACACAAACGAGUAUGUGAAGAUGUACAAGGGUCGUAACAGAGAAGAGAGCCGUCCCCACAUCUUUGCUAUGGCUGAUGAGGCCUUUCGAAAUCUGGUCGAAGAAGGAGAGAACCAAAGCAUUCUCGUGACGGGAGAGUCAGGUGCAGGUAAAACCGAGAACACCAAGAAGGUUAUACAAUACCUUGCAGCUGUUGCGACAACCGACACCCCUUACGCUCGAUCUGGCACUAAGCAAUUGUCCGCCCUGUCCCAACAGAUUCUGAGGGCAAACCCCAUUCUGGAGGCGUUUGGAAAUGCCCAGACCGUCAGGAACAACAACUCUUCCCGCUUUGGCAAGUUCAUUCGUAUUGAGUUCACCCGGGCCGGCCAGAUAUCGGGUGCUUCGAUCGAUUGGUAUCUACUGGAGAAGUCUCGUGUCGUGAAACCCAAUUCGCAUGAAAGAAACUACCAUAUCUUCUACCAGUUAUUACGGGGAGCAGACCGAAAGCUUAGGGAGGCUCUCCUUUUGUCCGACUUGCAGAUUGAGGAUUUCGCCUAUACUCGUGAUGGUAACGACACCAUUGCUGGGGUCUCUGAUGAGGACGAAUGGAAAAUGUUGAUUGAGGCUUUCCAUGUUAUGGACUUUUCCGAGGAAGACCAGAUGUGCAUCUUGCGCACUAUCGCAGCAGUCCUUCAUCUGGGAAAUAUCACCAUCGUCAAGGAAAGCCUACGAGCCGAUCAAGCUGCACUUGGCCCCGACUCCCUGAACAGUGUAGAGAGGGCUUGCCACUUGCUAGGUAUAGAACCUGAGCUAUUCGUCAAAGGACUGCUGCAUCCCAAGGUCAAAGCAGGCCGCGAGUGGGUGGAAAAGGUUCAAACGCCAGAACAGGUUCGACUAGCACUCGAUGCUCUCGCCAAGGGUAUCUAUGAACGAGGAUUUAGCAAUCUUGUCGACAGAAUCAACAACCAGCUGGACCGCAGCACUGUCGCUGGCGAUGACAGCUUCUUCAUUGGAGUCCUCGAUAUUGCGGGUUUCGAGAUUUUCAAGAACAACAGCUUCGAACAGCUGUGCAUCAACUAUACCAACGAGAAGCUGCAACAGUUUUUCAACCACCAUAUGUUCGUCUUAGAACAAGAGGAAUACGCACGAGAGCAAAUUGAGUGGCAAUUCAUUGACUUCGGAAAGGACUUGCAACCAACAAUUGACCUAAUCGAGUUGACCAAUCCUAUUGGUAUCUUUUCGUGUCUAGAUGAAGAUUCUGUUAUGCCGAAGGCUACAGACAAAUCUUUUACUGAAAAGCUGCACUCGCUCUGGGAUCGGAAAUCACCGAAGUAUCGUGCUUCUCGGCUAAGCCAGGGAUUCGUUCUGACGCACUACGCUGCUGAGGUAGAGUAUGGCACAGAGGGCUGGCUCGAGAAGAACAAGGACCCACUGAACGAUAACAUAACGCGACUGCUUGCAAGAUCAGGUGAAAAACAUGUCGCGACUCUGUUCUCCGACUGCGGCGACGCCGACGAUGACAGCGACUACCCUAAGAGUCGCGUGAAGAAGGGUCUCUUCCGCACCGUUGCGCAAAGACAUAAGGAACAACUAUCUAGCCUCAUGAAUCAGCUGAACUCAACGCAUCCUCACUUUGUGCGCUGUAUUAUACCCAACCACAAAAAGCGCCCGAAGAUGUUCAACGCACCCCUGGUCCUCGAUCAGCUACGUUGCAACGGUGUACUCGAAGGAAUACGAAUUGCACGCACUGGGUUCCCUAAUCGGCUGUCAUUUUCGGAAUUCCGUCAACGCUACGAAGUUCUCUGCCCUGCCAUGCCCAAGGGAUACCUCGACGGCCGGAAUGCCGCUCAUGUUAUGUUGCAAAAGCUCGGGCUGGACCCUGCUUGGUAUCGAGUCGGUCGUACGAAGGUAUUCUUCAGGGCAGGGGUCCUGGCCGAGUUGGAAGAGAAACGAGAUCAGCUUAUUCGCACCAUCAUGACCCGGUUCCAAUCUGUGGCAAGGGGAUUUGUCCAGCGGCGUAUCUCCAACAAGCGCUUGUAUCGGGCGGAAGCAACACGGAUCAUUCAGGACAACUUCAAGACUUACCUCCAGUUGAAAGCGAACCCAUGGUGGAGACUGUAUUCCAGGAUGAGGCCUCUUCUGGGGGAAACUCGCACUGCCAAUGAAGUCAAAAGGCGGGACGAGAAGAUCAAGUCCCUGGAAGCGAAGAUGAACCAGGAUAUAGCUGAUCGACAGAAGCUAGAGGAAGAGAGGCGUCGUACCGAGAUUGAAAUACAGAAGAUUCAACAAACGUUGGAGAGUGAGCGUGCCUUGGCUCUCGACAAGGAGGAGAUAUUCAAGAGACUGCAAGUCCGAGAAGUUGAGCUUAGUGAGAAGUUGGCCGGUGCUAUCGCAGACCAGGAGAGCCUCGAAGACCAACUAGAUGAUCUGAUAGCUGCCAAGAAAAGAACGGAUGACGAGCUUGAGCUCCGCAUAACCCAACUUGAACAGGCAGGAGAAAUCAUCCAACGCUUUGAGAACGAAAAGCAUGAGAUGCAGGCACGUCUAGAAGAACUCGAGAAGAAGCUGGCCGAGGCAGAAAGCUCUUCCCUGGAGAAGGAGGCCAAGAUCAAGGAGCUGGGCCAAGAGUUAAAGAUGUUGCAGAGUCACCUCAGCUUGAAAGAGCGCAAACUGCAAGAUCUAGAGACCAAGCUCUUGAAGACUGAUCAAGAUCUUGAAGUUAAGCUCUCCAAGACCUCGAGAGACCUAGAAGAGUCCAAGAAACACAUCAAAGAGCUCAUUGAAGAAAAUCGGGUCAUAAGACAACAAAUCACCGACCUCUCCUCAACAUCCACUGGCUACGAAGAGAUGCUUAGGCGAAAGGAAAGCGAAAUGGCUGUUCUGCGAAACGAUGCCAAGAAGCAUGAAGAGGAGAAAAGAUAUCUAGAGUCGGAGAAGGUUUCUCUUACUACGCGACAUGACAGCAUGCAGGAGCGUCUACGAGAGCUGCAAGCUGAGGUAGACGCGAUGAGGUCAGAGAAGGUUCAGCUUGAGCGAGAGGCGGCCGAUGUCAAGAAGCUACUGGAGGCAAAGAUAUCAGAGGAUGCCGAGGCUGGCGAAAGCCGAAAGCUUCUCGAGCAGCAAAUCCAAGAAUUGAAAAAUCAACUCUUCAAAGCACAGGCUGAUUUGAGCCGGGAGCGUCAAUCGCGUGAUGAUGUGCAAAUGCUUGCCGAGCAUAAUCUCGCGGAGCUCAAGGACAAGUACACUUCCUUGAAUGAAUCAAAGAUUAUCAUCGAAAAGGAGAUGUACAUUCAGCAGGACACUCUUCGUCGUGCCACGGAAGCCCGCGUUGCUGCUGAGCAGUCACGCAAGGAACUUCAAACUGAAUUGAUUCAACUUCGGGACCGCUUCACGAAGGUCGAGGAUGCGCGAUUAAACGCAGAGGCCGACAUUGAGCGCAACAUCAUGAAGCAGGCCAACGAGCGUCUUGAGAGUGUGCGCAAAGACCUGGAUGAUAAGACACGCCAGCUGGAAGAGGUAGAAGCUGAAAGGUCACGUCUUUCCACCAGAAUUCAAGAAUUGACCCACGCUAUCGCUGAAUCUGACAAUUUCCGCAUUCGCCAUGAUCAACAUAAGGAACGCCUGGAGAGGGAAUUGGUGACGCUCAAGGGUAGGCUUACAGCAUCGGAAAAUGAUAACCGAGCUCUCCUCACAAAGAUCCAACAAAAGAACCUCGACAUAGCCCGAUCAACUUCCAGGGCCAGUGACAACUCGCGCCUGCGCAUAACUGCUCUCCAGAAAGAAAAGACGAAGCUCGAAGAGGACAACAAGAAAAUAACCCGUCAGCUUGGCGAUCUGCAAGUCAACAUCACUUCUCUGGAGAAGCAGAAAGAGAAGUUGUCUUUGAGCCUGGAGGACCUUAACCACGAGGUUGCUAGAGAACACAAGGCCAGUCGGAAUGCGGAAAAGGCUGCUUCCACUGCCAACAUCCAAUUGGCGGAGGCGAACAGGAACCUUGAGACCGAAAGACAGCUCCGGACCCAGGCACAAGCAAAUACGCGCAAGCUUCAAGGCUCCCUGGAUACGGCAAACAAGGAGAUCGAAGAUCUACACCGCCAAUUAAUGUUGCUGCACAAGGUAGUGGAGCCUGAGUCUGAUGAAUCGGAAUCCUGGGAGAAGGUCCAGCCUAGUCUGGCUAAGAAGGUUGAUUUGGCACAAUUGUUACAGACGACACAGAGUAGGUUGCAAGUCACCGAGGAGAAGUAUAGUCGAGCCGAGGCCCAAUUGGCGGAAAUGCGUCGUCGGCAUGGGGAUGAAAUGAAGGAGCUGGAUGCACGUUACGCCUCAUCUAAACGCGCCUUGCUCGAGGAGAUCGACCAGAACCAGGUAGCUAGCCCUCGGACCCCUACUCACCUCAGAAAGAACUCCGACAAUGUUCUGGCAAAGAAGUUCGGCACUCCUACAACGCCUAACCGUAGGCUUAACUUCAAUGAAACGGCAAAUGACUCUGCUCGAUCUGACAGAACCGUGGAUACUGUCGGCUACCAAAAGCGAAUGGAUCUGGCGGCCGAAAUUGAGGAGCUGCAGAACAAGCUUCAAAUGAGCGAAAUGCAGAACAAACAUCUCCAAAACCAGCUUUCCCAAGCAGCACCUGGUCGUGAUAUGUGGCAGGAAGAAAGUCCUUCUCUUCGACGCAUGCAGCUGCUUGAACGUGAGAACGGACGUCUACACGAGCAGCUCGAUGACUCCUCUAAGAAGGUUUCUGCUCUUGAGAAGAACAUUCGGUCAGGUGAUCUUUCACUGCGGGACGUCCAAGCCAAAUCGCAUGAAGAACUGUACGACCUAAUCAACUCGCAGGAGCAGUCCAGAAGGUCUUUGCUCAAGGUGCACAACGAAGCCAUUGCAGAGUUCAGCGACGCCAAAGCUCAAUUCGAAAAGCUUAAGAGGGCUAAGGCUACGCUGGAAGUAGAACUCCGUGAUGCCCGUUCCGAGUUCCAGGAGCUGCAGGUCGCAAGGGACCAGGAUGCUGUUAGUCGGAAUCAGCUUCUUCAGGAGUUUUCUGACCUUCAAAUCCGCUUGGAUGCAGAGACCUCGAAGUCAGCUGAUUUGGCUUCCAGUAUGAGCUUGUACAAGACCCGUGCCGAUGAGUAUUUCAGCAAACUGGAACAAGCUGAGAUUGCAGUUCUGAAGGCUACUCGAGCAGAGCAAUUCGCCAAAUCCCAGGCCCAGGAGGCUGAGGAUACCUGUGCUCAGAUAAUGUCUGAGCGCAAACAAAUGGAUGCCCUGGUUGAAGACCUGCAACGUCAAACUCAGUCGCUCGAGGCCAGAAUGGAAGAUCAAGCAGCUGAGCUCCAAGGUGCACUCCAGGCCAAACAGCGUCUCCAAAACGAGCUUGAAGACUACAGAAACCAACGUGCCAUUGAUAUUGAGGACAAGGAGACUUCAAUGGAACAGACUAGGCAAAAGUAUCAGCGCGAAUUUACCACGCUCAACAACGAAUUGGAGAUGGAGCGUGAAAAGGUCCUCAAUGUUCGCGGUGAGAACUCACGCCUCCGUGAAGAACUUGAAGACUUGCGGAGCAAGUGGGACAAUGAAGUCUUGAACAGCUCUACUUGGGCUAAGGAGAAGGCUCGAAUGGACAUCAUGCUUCAAGACGUGACGACAUCUCGUGAUGAGGCAGUGAAUGCUCAUAAUGAAGCUCAAAGCAGGGUUGUCUCCCUCCUGUCCCAGGUGAGAACUCUUCGCACCUCCGUCGACGACGUGACCGCGGAGCGCGACAUGCUGCUCAAGGAGAAGAAGAUGCUGGAAACCCGGUUAGCUGAGGCAGGUGAAAGGCUGGAGGAUCUCGCCAAGGGCGAGAGUCCAUCAAUGCGCAAUGCUGCAAGCAUGGACCGUGAGUUGUUGGAACUUAAGUCCAAGCUUGCUCAACAGGAAGAUGUUUCCGCAGCUGCAGUUGGUAAGAUGAGGCGGGCGGAAGCAUUGGCGACGGAGAUGCAGAAGGAAGUCACUGCUGAGAGAGAAACAAAUGCUCAGCUCUUCAAGGACAAGGCGGCCCUCGAAAAGCAGCUGAAGGAAUCUCAACUUCGUUGCGUUGAUCUCGAGACCAAGAGCUACUCAUCUGGAAGCCAGGACGUCCGAUUCUUACACAAGAGAAUCAAGGAACUGGAAACCCAUCUGGAGGACCAAGAAGCCAAGCACAGUUCCGAGCAACGUUCGUUGCGGAAUGUCGACCGCACGGUUAAAGACCUGCAGUCCCAGAUCGAGCGCAGGGAUAAGAUGAAUUCCCAGCUCAAUGACGACGUCAGCAAAGCUCGCGACAAGAUCGAGCGUCUUCUUCGGAACAUCGAGGAGCUUCAGCACACCGACUCGGAGACACAGCUGCAAGUGCGCCGAGCAGAGCGAGAACUCCGGGAAGAGCGGGAGAAGUCUCUCAGGCUGGAACGUGAACUAGAGGGAUGGCGAGCGCUCCGGGUUGAGAGGGGCAGCGUCCUCGGACGUAGCCACGUCGGCGCUUUCAGCGACGCCGGAAGCAGGAGAGGGAGCAGCGUGUACGGAGGCGAUAUACCGCAGCGGAUGCCUAGCAACACCAAAGGCUUCUUGGCCUGA